CCUGGCCCUAAAACGUAUCAUUGUUGCCCGCAGAUCACUUACGAGGCUCUGAAGAGCUACAGGGAGUGAAGAGGGAUACGAAAGAGACAUCCGAGUUGUGUAGGUCAUCCGGGUUCGAUCCCCAAACCUCUGGCUAUCAGGACUGCCCAGAGGCUGCGGACUUCCUCGCGCACAACAGUCACCAACGCGUCGUGCGCUGCACUGCUCUCCUCCUACAGCGAUGUCGCUCCUGGCGCCUAUCGUAUGCGACAAUGGCACUGGCUUCUCGAAAAUUGGGUUCGCCGGCAAUUCGGACCCAUCGUACGUAUUCCCUACCGCGAUAGCAGCGCGCGGGUCAGCGUCUCAAGCAUCUCGCGCUCCUGCUGUACCCUCCAAGCCCGGACACCUUGCAUCCAAGCGAGGGGUCGAAGAUCUCGACUUCUUCAUCGGCGAUGAGGCACUCGCGAACGCGCGGACACCGGGCUACGGGGUGCACUACCCUAUCCGACAUGGCAUGAUUGACAAUUGGGACUACAUGGAGCGCUAUUGGGAGCAGACGAUCUUCAAGUACCUCCGCGCGGAACCGGAGGAUCACUACUUCCUACUGACCGAACCGCCUCUCAACCCGCCCGAGAAUCGCGAGCAGACGGCCGAGAUCUUCUUCGAAUCCUUCAACAUCAAGGGCCUCUACAUCGCCGUCCAGGCCGUGCUCGCCCUCGCCGCCUCCUGGUCCUCCAACCGCGUCACCGACCGCACGCUCACGGGAACCGUCAUCGACUCCGGCGACGGCGUCACGCACGUCAUUCCCUGCGCGGAGGGCUACGUGAUCGGGAGCGCGAUCAAGCACAUCCCCAUUGCCGGCCGCGACAUCACGCAGUUCGUGCUCAAUCUGCUGCGCGAGCGCGGCGAGCUCGCCAAUGUCCCCUCGGAGGAGCACAUGAAGAUCGCAGGCAAGGUCAAGGAGAACUACAGCUACGUGUGCCAGGACAUUGUCAAGGAGUUCCGCAAGUAUGAUGCGGAGCCGUACAAGUACUUUGAGCGCUUCGACGGAGAGCAUUCUGUGACUGGCAAGAAAUACUCUAUCGAUGUCGGCUAUGAGCGGUUCCUUGCACCCGAAAUCUUCUUCAACCCGGAGAUCUACUCCUCCGACUUCUUGGACCCGCUCCCCGAGGUAGUCGACAACGUCAUCCAACAGUCGCCCAUCGACGUUAGGCGAGGGCUCUACAAGAACAUCGUCCUCUCCGGCGGCUCGACCAUGUUCCAGCACUUUGGGCAGCGGUUGAAGCGCGACCUGAAGCAGCUUGUUGACCGUCGACUGGACGCUAGCGUUAUGGCGAGCGGCAGCUACAUGAAAUCCUCUGGCGUCGAAGUCGACGUUAUCUCUCACAAGCGCCAGCGUUAUGCCGUCUGGUAUGGUGGAUCUUUGUUGGCGUCAUUGCCUGAGUUCUACACCUCCUGCCACACGAAGGCGCAGUACGACGAGAUUGGCCCCAGCAUUUGCCGCCGGUACCAGAUUUUCGGUAGCGCCACGUAGGUUCAUUGCGAGAGUGCGACGUAGAAAGCUACCCCGGAAAGAUGUAUACUAUUGGAAUGCGCGAGGAUGCGGAAUCUGUAUGUUGUUUGUCCUGCGUGAGCGUUGGUUUUUCAGGCAUAAUACUUGCUCGUGAUGCAUGCCUUUCUCCUUGGGUUCUGCAGCC